AUGCGCUGCUCCACCCUCCUGGCCAUCCUGACCGGGGUGCUGCUAUACCUGGUUUUUGGUGCAUUAGUUUUCAAUGCCCUGGAGGCGCCCUAUGAAGAAGGCCACCACAUCCACAUGCUGCAAACCCGACGGGAAUUCCUGGAGAACUACACCUGUGUCAGCCCAGAAAACCUGCAGGCUCUGAUACAGGAGGUGGCAGAUGCCAUUGGGGCAGGCAUCGACCCAAACAGCAAUGAAACCUUUGCUAGCAGCUGGGAUCUUGCCAGUUCCUUCUUCUUCUCUGGCACCAUCAUCACAACCAUUGGUUAUGGGAAUAUCUCCCCAAAGACGGAGUGGGGCCAGCUCUUCUGCAUCUGUUACGCCCUGAUGGGAAUUCCCUUGUUUGGUUUCCUGUUGGCCGGAGUUGGUGACCACCUGGGUACUGGCCUGAGGAGAGCCAUUGCUAAAAUAGAGACUCUCUUCCUGAAAUGGAAGGUCAGUCCCAACAUUGUCCGUGCAAUCUCUGCCAUUCUGUCCAUCCUGCUGGGCUGUGUUCUCUUCCUUUUCAUCCCCACGCUGGUCUUUCAGGAGGUGGAAAAGUGGUCACUUCUGGAGUCAGCCUACUUUGUGGUUAUCACCCUCACCACUGUGGGUUUUGGAGACUAUGUUGCAGGUGAUGGAGGAGAUGCUGGUCAGGACCACUGGUACAAGCCCCUGGUGUGGUUCUGGAUUCUUCUGGGACUGGCGUAUUUUGCCUCCGUCCUCACCAUGAUUGGAAACUGGCUGAGAGUGCUGUCCAAGAAGACUCGUGCUGAGAUGGAGGAGCUCAGAGCCCAUGCGACUGACUGGACUCAGAACAUCCAGAACAUGUCUGUGGAUUUCAGGAUCCCCACCAAACUGGACGACCCUUUCAGGCACCGUCGCCGUAAGCGCCGCCGUGGCCAUCGUAGCCAUGGUCACAGCGCAUCCGCUGCAGCUCCAGCUCCAGAGGGGGGAAGGCCUGUAGAGAACGGCCGUGAGCCUGACAGUCAGUCCGGCUCAUCCUCUUUCUACUCUUACACCUCCAAUGAGUCCGAAUCGGGCUCAGAGAGCUACUCAGAGGACACCGAAGUGGAGAACGCAGCUAACGGGAAAGAUUUGGGGAAGGAGGGGGCAAUUCCCAGUGCCCCCACAGACCCCGUGCUCUCUCAGCCAUUGGAUUACUUUGGGGAGAACUUGGCUUACAUCGAUGAGUCAUCAGACGCCUUGAGCGGCAAACUUCACUUGGACCCCCUGUUGGAGCAAACUGAGACCAAAAAUGCGUCUCAACGCAAACCCAGGAGGAGAAGGGCCAGGAGACAACCCCAGAUGAAAAAGAGCCCCAAGACGAGCCCCAUCAAACCUGAACUCAAAGAGCCCAAUGGGGACAUUCAACCUCCAGCUGAUCCCCCUCCACCUCCACCAACUGAGCCUUAA